AUGUCUUCCGGAGCAUACCAAGUCCCGGUCACCGCGCCCGCUACAACGCGCGAUGCCUUCGGCGCAAACGAAAACCCCACCAUCACCUACCUGUGUGGCGAUUGCAACGCCAAGGUUCCUCUGAAGAGAGGUGAUCCUAUCCGGUGCAGAGACUGCGGGCAUCGUGUCUUGUACAAGGAGCGCACCAAGAGGAUGGUUCAGUUCGAGGCGAGAUAA